GCUUCAUGAAGAAAGGCAAUUCUUUUCCAAAUGAUAAAAGAUAUUCUUUUCUGCACUUUAUUUAUUGUUCAUUUAUUUGUUUGUUUUUCAAGGCACAGUUAUUCUGUGGAGCCCUGGCUGUCCGGGAAUUCACUCUGUAGACCAGGCUGGCCUUGAAUUUAUAGAUUCGCCUGCCUCUACCUCCCCAGUGUUAGAAUUGAAGGCUCGUGCCACCUCUGCCCGGCUUAUCUAUUUAUUUAAUUUAUUUUUCUUUUUUAAAAGAUUUAUUUAUUUAUUUUAUGUAUAUGAGUACACUGUGAGCCACCAUGUGGUUGCUGGGAUUUGAACUCAGGACUUUUGGAAAAGCAGUCACAUGUGUGUGCUGUGUGAAAGGAGACCAGAAGAGGGUGUCAGCUGGAGCCACUGUGAGGGUCCUGGGAACUGAACUUGGGUUCUGUGCAAGAAAAGCAAGUAUUAAUAAGGAGUAGAGCCUUUCUCUAAUCUUCUUAUUUUGAGAAAGGGUCUCACGUAGCCUAAGCUGGCCUUGAAUUCAUGAUACACCUUGUUUAGCUUCCCAAGUGAUGGAAUUAGAGGCAUGUAUUGCUAUACAGGCAAAACACCCGUACACUUAAAACCUAAGAUCUGUUUUUAAAAAUAAGACGAUAAAGAAUGCAAGGAGAAAAUAACAUACAGCCCUUCUGUAUUACAUCCGAUAACCAGCCAUUCUGAGAAGGAUCGCCUAGAGCGCCUCAAGAACCAGGGCCAGGGCAAACCGCUUUGCCCGGAGCUGGAGCCUGAACGAUGGAGCUCGGGGUGGAUGCUGUGCUGAGACCCACGUCUGUCAAGAUCAUGAAUAAGUUCAAGGAAAUCAAGCAUCCUACGCAAAGUCGCCCAUUGAGUAAGUGUUGUGGGUGGGGUGCGAAUGCAGUGGCCUGGACCCAGAGCCAGGUCUUAAUGACCUGCCAGUGACCAUCACUACUCAGUCAUUACCUGCCAAUCAGCAUCUUUCCACAGGAGCUUUUCUGUUAACUCGUCAUUAGUACUCAUGGGAACUUCUUAAAUACCACCCUGGACUCAGUCAUUUCUCAGGCACGAUUGCGUCCUAAGGACUCCAGGUAGAUUAAAGUCCUUAGGACUUUAAUGUAAACCCUUAUUUCACGAAGUCACAAGGCUUCUAGUAUUCACUACCAAAAACAGGCUGGUAGGGAAUUGGUUAGGCAGGGCAUUCUUUUUUCCUUAAAAUCUGGCUUGGUUUUUGUUGUUGCUUUGAGUCCUUUUGUUUUUAUUUAUUUUCAAUUUGUAGGCAUGUGUGUGUGUGUGGUGUAUGUAUGUACAUAUGUACGAUGCUUAUAUAAGACUUGUGUUUAAUAUUUUUUACUUUUGAUUUUGUGAGGUGGUCUGGGGCUUACCCUGGCCUCCAGCUAUGGGAUGAUUUUGAACACUUCCCUCGGCCUCCCAAGUGCUAGGAGCUCACUCCCAUACCUGGCCCUAUCUUCUUAGAAAAAUAAAUAAGUGUGUCUCAUCCACUCCAGAGUUAUUACUAAGAAUCUAGAGUUGGUCGAUUUUCACAGCAUAGCCACUGUUUGGUGUUACGUAGUGUAGAAUUCUGACCUUGUGGUCUGGCUCUGAUAGGAAAAGCCUAAAGUGCCCUCUGCUGGCCAAGCAUGGAAUGACUGCCGAAUCUGAAAAACUUUUGCCAUAGGAAAGAAUUAUGAACAAAUGGAAGUUCUGUCCACUUUGGACCCAGUGAGUAAAGGCAGCUAAGGUCACGCCUGGCAGCUUGAGGUCUAUCCCAGGAACCCACAUGCUGGGAAAACCGACUCCUACGCGUUGUCCUUUGGGCCUCAAAUACACAGACUACGUAAGAAAAAAAAUACAUGAAAAUAUUAUUUUUAAAAAGAGAAAGUGGGGUUGGAGCUAUGGCCUGGUGAUGAAGAACACUUGUUGUGCCUGGCAGUGGUGGCGCACGCCUCUAAUCCCAGCACUUGUGAGGCAGAGGCAGGUGGAUUUCUGAGUUCGAGGCCAGCCUGGUCUACAGAAUGAGUUGCAGGACAGCCAGGGCUACACAGAGAAACCCUGCCCCCAAAAAACAAAACAAAACAAAAGAACACUUGUUGCCUUUGGGUAGAACUUGGGUGCAGUUCUUAGCACACACAUUGUAUGUGUAACUCCAGUUCUGGGGGAAUCCACUACUUUCUGCUCAACUCUUCUGGUAAUAGGCAGGCAUUUAGUGCAUGUACACACACGCACACACACACACACACACACACACACAUGCUUAUGUGCACUUACGACAUUCAUACAUAUAAGUCUUUUAAACUUUUAAAAAAUAACAAGGAGAAGGUUUUUUCUACAAAAUGUCCCCCGCAGUGGGGUUAUUAUUAUUAUUAUUAUUAUUAUUAAGCUGGAUGUGAUGGUGCACACUUGAAAUACCAGUACUUCAGACUUGGAGGCAGGGGGAUCAGGAGUUUAAGGUCUCUUUGGGUUGCAUAAGAGCAUGAAGAGCCAUCCUGGGCUACACGAGACUCUACUAUAAACAAACAAAGACCAUUUUUUAAAGUUUUUAUUUAUAUGUAUUGCCUGCAUCUCUGUUUGUGUACCAUGUGAGUGUCUGGUACCCAAAGAGGCAAGAAGAGGGUGUCGGGUCCCCUGGGACUGGAGUUAACAGAUGGGUUUUAAUCCACCAAGUGGGUGCUGGGAAUUGACUCCCAAUCUUCUGGAGGAGCGGUCUGUGCUCUUAACUGCUGAGCCAGCUCUCCAGUCCCAAAACAUGGAUGAAGGGGGUUGGGGGAACCCAAAAGAUUGAAUUCUCUAAUCCUACAGGUGAGCUCUGUCCCUAUGGUUUUGAAUAGUGUCAUUGGCAUGCCUAUGUAAGUAUAAUACUUUCAUCUCUUCUCCUCUCUCUCUCUCUCUCUCUCUCUCUCUCUCUCUCUCUCUCUCUCUCUCUCUCUCUCUGCCUGGUUAUCUUUUUUAAAGCUAUGAUCUCAUGUAUCCCAGGCUAGCACUGAAUUUUCUAGGUAGCUGAGGACCACCUUGAACUGCUAAUCCUAAUCCUCCUGCCUCAAAGGCUGGGGAUACAAGACACAUGAGGACCCACCCUGCUCAACAUAUUUUCUAAUGACUUACUACUUAAACGUAUCCUUUUGAGUAACGAUUAGCACUAUUGAUGCCAUCGGGACUUGGCUCCUUAUUGGUCUUCCCCACUAGAUAAUUGCAAUGUGAAUCCAGAACGAGGCAGAAGCUCAUGUAUAUAAGUCAGAUGGAGCUGGUUUGGGCUGAGAUUUCCAUCCCUUUUCUCCCCAGCGGUGGUAAAUGUUGGCCAGAAAACCACAUCUGGCUGGCCACACAUACUCAUUUCUUGUCUGUGGUUGCUUUCUUGCUACAAUGACAGAAACCAAAAGGCUUGCCAAGUCUGAAGAUUUUACUCUGUGGCUCUGGGCAGAAAGGGCUGGCUAACCUACGCUCUUGCUUGUUUAAUCCUAUAUUGCCUCAGGAGUAGUAGUGCCUCAAGCCUUACAUUUUCCAGCCAACUAAAAGGAUUCAGCGGAAUUCAGUUGCAAACGUCAGAACUUCAGAGCUGGUAAAUCAGGCGCGAUGGUGUAUCCUCGGGGGAUGCAGACAGGGCCAUUAGAAGUUCAAACUCAUCCGGGGUUGCCUAGGGAGCUCCAGGUCAAUCUGGGAUAUGUGAGUGAGACCCAUUCUCAGGUUAAAAUAGAGAUUGGAAGCACAGCUCAGCAGAGCACUUGCUGCUUUUCCAGAGGACCUGAGUUCAGGUCCUAGCCCCAAGUCAAAUGGCUCACAACCACCUGGAAUCCGACCCUCUCUUUUGGCCUCUGCUGGUACCCAUAUACAGGUCCAGAAGCACCCAGAGACGCAUAAAGAAAAAUAAAAUCAGGAGAGUAAAUAGCAACUGAGUGAGCACAUGAGGUUCCUUUCUUUAAAAAAAAAAAAAAAAAAAGUUUCCUUUGGGUAGAGUUGGCAAAAAGAUUAACUCAGCGCCUAAUUUCAGGGUUUGGUGUCAUGUGACAUAAUUCUUUGGUGGAGUUCCAAGGUAUCACAGCCUCUAUUCUCUGAGAUUUCUGCAUCUUCAUGUGCUGCCUAGCCCAUCCUCAGAGGCCCCCUACUCUUCUGCAGCUGCCCUGCGAACUGGCUGGAAGUUAUUCCCAGAGUGGUGCGGUUGGUAACUGCAUGCUGCCAGCGAGUGGCCCUCCUUCCCAGACCUCCCCCUUUAUCCCUUCCUACUUUCCCAGCAGCCCUCAUCCCAGGCUGCUGACCUUGGAGUUCCUAAGCUGUAUAAACGAAACCAAAUGGGAAAGUGCAUUCCUAAAGGAAAUUCUUGGCAGAAGUAGAAGAAAGCUCCAGCACAGAAAACUGAUUACAGGGGGCUGGAGAGAUGGCUCAGUGGUUAAGAGCACUUGCUGAUCUUCUAGAGAACCUGAAUUCUGAUCCAAGCACCCACAUUGGCCAACUUAGAACCUCCUGUAUUUAGCUCCAGCUCCAGGGGAUCUGAGGCCCUCUUCUGGAUGCCCUCACACACAAAACCCAGACUCACAUCUCUGUCCUCAUUUCGUCUCCUUCUUCUUUGUGUCAAAGUCCUGGUUGAUUCCACACAGGCGAAUCACUUGAGUAUCUGCCUUAGCCUACCCCAGUUCCCUUCACCGCGGAAGGCAACAGAAUGAAUGACUGAGCCAUCUUAACUGCCUCCUCUUGACAGUGUUCUGUUUCAGGGGCUUAGAAAGGCGUUCAGUUGCUGUUCAAAAUCUGAAAGUCAUCUUGGAUUCUAGGACCAGCAGAGGCUCACAGAAUAGACACCCACCCACCACUCCAUAGGAAAAAUUAUCUGUGAUACUGAGGCCGCACCUGGAGUAGGAAUUAUCCUAAUCAGCUUGAAAGGAUUUCUUUGGACCAACUUACAGAAUCAAAACCAAGACAACCCACAUCUUGACUAGUGCAUAGCCUCUGCCUCAAUCUGUCAUCUACUUAAGCCUAAAGUUCAUCUGAUAAUUGGCAUGACCAUUUCCUCUUCGCAGUGUGGGCCAUGUUGAUUAAAUCUCUGAUUUUCUCUUUUAAGUGGUUUAUUGGGACAGGUAACAAAAGCCUAUUGGAGCUGUGGAAAGAUGCGGGGCUUCUUCUGAAGGAACCUCCCCCAACAGAGGUCACACAGUCGAUGCGUGACUGAGACGUGCUGCAUCAAAUGGGUCAUCUGACUAGCUGGGAAGAGCCUUCUGGGAGUGCCUGUUUCUGUCUGUGUCCUGGUGCAGAGGUGAUGACGUUAUCAUGGAGAGGGUCAUCUAGAAUUGCGGGUAUGGCUUCUUUUUCUCUGUCCAGUUGAAAGAAUGACCAAGCAGGAAAGGCGAGGACUCGGCAGUCAGCCAAGCUUUAUUGAAGUCACAUACAGCAAAACACAGAUUCCCUGCCAGGGGAGAAGAUAUUCAGAAAUCCAGUUCAAAAGGAGGGCUUGAGCCUUUUGGUGGUGUACUCUCCAUCCACUUAUUUUUGAAUGGCUAAUUUAAACAAAUAGGAGGCAUCUGAUAAAGCCACAGCUUUGCGCGUACGCAUGUGUGGGCAGGUCAGAUGGAGAAGAGGAGCCCUGUUUGGGAGUGGGGUUUUCUCUUUUCUCAUCUGUGGUUAUUUAAUUUUUUUCAUUUUUAGCGUUUGUUUUUAGCAGUCUCAUGUAACCCAAUUUGGACUCACAAUGUUAUGAAGCUGAAGCUGGCCUUGACUUCCAAGUACUGAUAUUGCAGCGUGAGUCACCAUACUCAGUUCCGUUAUUAUUUAUUAUUAUUAUUUAUUAUACUAGAGACAAGAGUUGAAUUCUCAGAAAUCCUUCUAACCUCUCAAGUCGCUGCAAUUAAAGGUAUUUGCAACCAAGGUUUUCCUUCCUGUGUGAGUCCACGGAAAAAGCGCUAGCACAGCAGCCAUGUCCUUGCCAGCCAUUGGUGUUGCAGUGCUCAAUUUCUAUUACACAGCAGGUGCCCUCAGCCCUCCACAACACAUCCUCAAGGACAGCCUGCUUAGGCCUUUUUUCACUGGCCCGCUGCUAUGGAGACAAACCAGCCAGUCCUGGGCCCUUUCCCAGGACACAUGGACCGGGAUGAUAAAGUGGAGUGGCCUGGAGCUUCGCGCCUGCUAGUCAGAAAGCCAAUGAAAGCAGGACCACGGUGCUGCCCCUAUGAGCGGGCUUCCUGCCAAUCAGGGGCGGAGGCCAGCGAGGACACAGCCAAUAGCAGGAGCAAUUGGGUGGUCUGUCCUUUCGGGAACCGCGCCGGGGGACCAGCGCUGUCGUUGAACGUCGGAAGUGCAGAACGCGUGCCCUUUAGGUGGCCUAUAAGAAUGGGACUGAUCGGCAAGCCGUUGUCAGUUGUCACUCUAGUUUGAGACCUCGAUGGUUGGAUCAGACCUUUAACCGUCAUAGCGGAGCUAAUCGGACACUGCCAGUAGUAGGAGGCGACCGGGUGAGGCCAGAGAUGCUACCUGCGCUGUGGUUGCUAUGCGCAGAGAGCCGCUUCCCUAGAUAAGUGGCCUGGACCAAGGGAGGUAGCGCUCCCGUUAGUUAGAUAGCCAAUCAGAAUGGAACAAACCCAACCAGACGUGUUUACCCUAUAAUUGGACAAUGCUCUUGCCAAUCAUAGCAGGAGUUCAUGAAACCUCGGCCAAUAGCAAGAAGCGCCUGGUUCCGAUUUGCAGCGCAGGGUCCACGCGGUGGUUGCUGAUCGAGGUCGUCAGUGGGCGAUCACCUCCCCUCGGCCAAACCCUGGAGCAGACAGGCGUCGCUCGCGCUUGUCAGCCAAGAGCCAAUCAGAAUUGGGUAGGCCUGUAGCCACUACGGCUUAAGGCCGAAUUGUUUGUUCUGUGAUUGGGCGAACCUCCUGACAAUCAGGGCGGAGCCAGCGAAGAUUCGGCCAAUGGCUGGAGGCAGCCAGGUCAGACCAGCGACUAACUGUAGGCGCGUUGGUCGUUAGACUGUUGGAGGGCAGCACAGGACAUCCUAACUGCUUGCAGGUCCUCGGCGUCUAGCGCCCGCCGGCGGCCCAUCUCGUCAUGUCAGGCACUGCUUGGCUUUAGUUCUUCAGGCCUCCGCCCACCCGCCUACCCGAAGCCGCGCCCACCGCCCAGAGCCAGAGGGAUGGUGGUAGUCACCGGGCGGGAGCCAGACAGCCGUCACUCGGACGGUGCCAUGUCCAGCUCCGAAGCCGAAGACGACUUCCUGGAGCCGGCCACUCCUACGGCCACGCAAGCGGGGCACGGGCUGCCCCUGCUGCCCCAGGAGACCUAGGCAGACUGACUUGGAGGAGCCCAGAUCUUGCUGCCUGUGCCAGUCUGAACGCUGUGGUGGUUCCUUUCCAGUUUCCUGAAGUCGUCCCCUUGAACAUUGGAGGGGCUCACUUUACCACGCGCUUGUCUACUCUGCGGCGCUAUGAAGACACCAUGCUGGCUGCCAUGUUCAGCGGGCGGCAUUACAUCCCUACAGACUCCGAGGGCCGGUACUUCAUCGAUCGAGAUGGCACACACUUUGGAGAUGUGCUGAACUUCCUGCGUUCAGGGGACCUGCCCCCCAGGGAGCAUGUGCGAGCUGUGCACAAGGAGGCCCAGUACUAUGCCAUCGGGCCCCUCCUGGAGCAGCUGGAGAACAUGCAGCCACUGAAGGGCGAGAAGGUGCGCCAGGCCUUCCUGGGACUCAUGCCCUAUUACAAAGACCACUUGGAGCGGAUUGUGGAGAUUGCCCGGCUUCGCGCAGUACAGCGGAAGGCCCGCUUUGCCAAGCUCAAAGUCUGUGUCUUCAAGGAAGAGAUGCCCAUCACCCCCUAUGAGUGUCCGCUCCUCAACUCCCUUCGCUUUGAGCGGAGUGAGAGUGAUGGACAGCUCUUUGAGCACCACUGUGAAGUGGACGUGUCUUUUGGGCCCUGGGAGGCCGUGGCUGAUGUAUACGACCUCUUGCACUGCCUGGUCACUGACCUCUCAGCCCAGGGCCUCACGGUGGACCACCAGUGUAUCGGGGUGUGUGACAAGCACCUUGUCAACCAUUACUACUGCAAACGCCCCAUCUAUGAGUUCAAAAUCACGUGGUGGUGAGUUGUCCUCAGAAGCAAGAGUACCACGAAGGAGGAUGUUCGUCCUCUUGGGUGACUCUGGGAGUCUGAUCCCCACAGGGGCUGCUGACUGUCCCAGAAGCCGCUGAGUUGAGAGGACAGAGCGCGGAGGCACAGAUGCAGAGAGAGAGGCCCAGGCGCUUGCUGCAGUCUCCCUGGCUCGUGGCUCUUGGGGACUCGGUCUGCUCUCACCUGAUUUUCUCUUCAAGGCCUGGCAGUCUUCACUGGAAGCCACAAGAUCUAGCAAGGAUGUCGCUGGGAGUCCAGAGAGCUUUUGAUACCUUCUUGAUGCCCUGCAGGAAAGCUCCUGCCUGUCCCUGACGCAGAUAGCAUCACUGCCUCACAUUGUUUGAACCUUCCCAUGUGUGUCCGGCGGGAUAAAGAGUGAGCUAGGGGUUUCGCCCAAACAUCUGCCCUGUAUCCCUGGCCAAAGAAGAAAGCCUGUAUCUCUUCCCAGUGUGCUCCUUGGUCUUCCAGUGACUUGCAGUACCUUGUCUUACGAUGUAGAAAGAUAUGUCCCAUGUUCCCAGAACAUGCCUGUCACCUUCUCUUGGAGAUUAACCAUAGCUGCCAAAGCCGUGUACCAUGUUGGGCCUUAGAAAAACCACAUUGUUUACAGCCCUGCCCCGGGGCUUUGGCUUCUCCCUUCUUUGCAGGGUUACCCUUUCACAGGGCUGGAAUGUUAAGUUCUAAAGGUUCUCUCUGAAGAUCCCCCAAGUCAGGCAGACAAGGAGCCCGGACCCUCUUGAUAUGUAGGAUCCCUCUCAGAUGUCAAGAACACAGGGCCUUGCUGCGGAGUCUUAUGUGGGGAGCCAGUGUGGUAAACCUCUCUGGAAGGGGUGCUCUCUUUCUUUGAUAGUUUUUAUUCAGGGUGGUGGGGACUUGCUCUGCAGUCAGGGACAGGAUAUAACCUGUAACCCCUAAAGAGAGAGCUGUUUAGCGUUCCUCUGAGAGCAUUGCAUGUCCAGGCUGCACUAUGGCUUCUAUGUAGUCAUGGGUGUCCUUGAAUGAUAAUUUUUUUAAUGAAACUUUUUUUUAAAAAAAUGUAAGGAAUUGUUAAGGACAGCAUUGCCAAGCUCAGUCCUGUAGGAUCAGAGUGGUGCAGUCUGAGGGAUAGAAGGCCUGGGGCUUCUGGCUCUGAGCUAAAUUCCUCUGGGCAGCUGGAGGGCAGUGACUCUCCUGGGCUCUCGUGGAAACACGCAAUUUUGAACAUGUGUCUCACUCUGAGUGUAACAGAGAGGCUGAGGUCUGGCAGGGAUGGCAGGGAUGAGGGGCAGUCAUUAUCCAGGACACCUGCUCUCUCUGUUCUCCUCAGCAAACAGCCACAUCAUCUGAGGUGCUGAUGUCCCUGCUUGAAGCUUAGUCCAGCACUGUGGCUCUGGCCUUGUUUCAGCAAAGAUGUUCCUUAUUUCAACCGAUUUUUUUUUUAAUUUUUAAUUUUUAUUUUUCGGACAGGGUCUUAUGUAGCCCAGGCUGGCCUCAUGUUAGCCGUAGUGCUAAGGGUAACCUUAUACUCUUGCCCUUCCUGCUCUACCUCCGAGGCUCUGGGGGACACAGGCAUGUCCCGCCUCCCCUAGCUCUUAUGUUCACUGUCUGGAGAGCUAGUGAAGUACACUGUUCAGGAUGAUGCCCACGUGGGUAGAAAGCAGACAAUUAAGCCCGGGGCAGUUAGCCUGGGGCUCUCGACUUCCUGCUCUAGAAUAUUGCAAUGCUUGGAAAAUUAGAGCCCACAAAUAUAAGACAGAAAAUUGUAUCAGCUCAAAAACCGGGCCCAGACUGCUUGCUGAAGGUUGAAAGAUGCUGGGUAAAGAUGCCAUCUUUGUGACUUGCUGGAGAUACUGUUUUUCUGUUCCCCUUUUUAUUCUCAGGAUGAUAUAGUUUGUACCAUUGUGGCAAGAGAGAGCUCUAGGCUGCUGGAGCAGGCAGGGGUGGGAUACAAGAUAGCCAGCUCAGCAAUCCCCCCCCUUUUUUUUAGAUAGUUGACUUGAUAUUUAUGGUAUUAGGGAUCAAACCAUGUACUGAAUCUUCUUGUGUGGUUUUGUUUUUUUUUUUUUUAAAUAACAAAACCCUUUGCAUUUUUAAGCCAGCGACUUGUCCACCGUCUUGCAGCACAGAAACUUUUCUUUGUACUACAAAAUAUGUUUAUUAUAAUUCUAAUUCUCCCUUGACUAGUAAAAUAGAACUAUGAAAUAAAGCAAUAUAUAUUGGGAUCUGGGAUGUGGUUCCAUGGUAGAAUAUCAACCUAGUGUGCACGAGGCGCUGGGUUCCCUCUUCAGCACCACCAAAAACCAAGUAUGUCCAAGUGUAUCUUUGCUACUUGGACUCUCUCCUCACUAGCCUUCUCUUCCCUCUUGGAACUUCUCUUAAAUGGAAUAAAAGAAUUCAUAGCCUGUUUUGGCUCUCUCACGAGAAGCCAAGGCCAAGUCUGAAAUGCACUGUUGAAUGUGGUGGCUGGGGGUGACUUCUGAAUAAAAGGGUCAUAUCUGUGGGAA